AUGCAUGCCUCUCAUCUGCUCUUCCUCCUUCCUGCAGGGUAUGAGGGCUCCUCGUCAUCAUCUUCCUCAUUAAGUCCUGGACGUUUUGUGGACUUUACAUUCACCCAGGAGCCUCAGGACACUGUGACGGUGCGAGGUGGCGUGCUGCAGCUCGACUGCCGAGCCCACUCAGACAUGGCGACCGGAAGCCCCACCAUCACAUGGCGGAAGGAUGGCGUGCUACUCAGUGCCUUGGUGGAUGAUCGGCGGCAGGAGCUGUCCAAUGGAUCGCUGCUGGUUGAGAAUAUUGUACACUCACGGCACCACCGUCCUGAUGAAGGGGAGUACCAGUGCCUUGCCACACUGGAUGGCCUUGGAAGUAUUGUGAGCCGGAUCGCUAAAGUCACCGUGGCAGGUCCACUAAGGGUAGUCGUCCCCACAGAGUCCGUCUCAUCCUAUCUUGGUGAUACAGCGUUGCUCCGUUGUGAGGUCUUAGGAGAACCGACGCCCGUCAUACGCUGGCAGAAAAAUCGAGACGAUUUGCCGCUGACUUUUGAUCCCACCUCUCGCCUGGCGGUGCUGCCGUCUGGCUGCCUGCAGAUCAGCCGUGUCCAGCCCCCGGACUCAGCCACAUAUCGUUGCUUGGCUGACAACCCCGGUAGCACACGGACCGGGACAGACGUCGAGCUGCGGGUUCUCCCAGAGCCUGGUUUGAACCGAAACUUGCAGUUUCUCCAACGUCCUUUGAGGGUGACCGCUGUGCUGGGAACUGAUACUGUGCUGGAAUGUUCCACUUCUGGAUACCCUACUCCAAGCAUUCUAUGGCGAAAAGGAGAAGAAGUGAUCCAGACUCGGAAUAAGAAGCAUUCUUUGUUGGCGGGAAGCAAUCUCAUCAUCAGGAGUGUGACUGACGAUGACUCCGGCAGUUAUAGCUGUACAGCUACCAACAAGAACCACAACAUCACUGCAAGUGCAGAACUGAGUGUGCUCGUUCCGCCUCAGUUCCUCAACUAUCCAACCAACACAUAUGCCUACGAAUCCACCGACAUCGAGCUGGAGUGCGCAGUGACAGGAAACCCAGCACCGACCAUCCGCUGGUUAAAGAAUGGAGAGGAAGUUAUCCCUAGUGACUACUUCCAAAUAGUGGAUGGCAGUAACCUGCAGAUUUUGGGUUUGGUCAAGUCAGAUGAAGGAUUUUAUCAGUGUGUGGCAGAGAACAUCGCUGGCAGCUCACAGGCGAUGGCUCAACUGUUGCUUCGAGAACCAGUGUCCCCCAGCCCAGGCGUUGCCCUCCCCUCUGCCCCCCGUGACCUGGUCCCUGUCCUAGUGUCCAGUCGAUUUGUUCGACUCAGCUGGCGCCCCCCAGAGGAGACUGGAGGAUCUAUACAAACAUAUGGCGUUUACUACUCCCAGGAGGGCAUUGAAAGGGAGAGGUCGGUAAACGUGUCAGAGCCCGAGUCUUUGGAGCUGACUGUUUCCAACCUGAAGCCUGAGGAGAGCUACAGCUUCAGAGUCAUGGCUUACAAUGAUGUCGGACCAGGAGAAAGCUCCACUCCCUUGACGAUCAUAACCAAACCAGAUCUCCAGGUUCCCAACAGGAUAGAAUCACUUCGUGCUGAAGCUCUUUCUCCAACUUCCAUCCAGAUCAACUGGGAGCCUCCUAGUGCCCCAAAUGGACCCAUCAUAAACUACAGGGUUCUAUGGACCGAGAGUUUAUCAAGCAAGGAACAGAUUGUCAACAUCAGUGGACUCAACUACAAGAUGGAGGGACUCAAUAAGUUCACACAGUAUGUGGUUUGCGUUUCGGCUGCCAACCGCUUUGGAUCUGGACCCACCUCAGAGAGCAUCAUUGUCACCACCCAAUCAGAUGUACCUAGUGCUCCUCCUCAGAACAUCACCUUAGAAGUUGUGCUGUCAAGGAGCAUAAAGGUGUCAUGGCAGCCACCUCCACGCGGCGCACAGAACGGCAUCAUCAGCGCUUACAAAAUCAAAUACAGGAAGACCGGUCGCCGUGGGGACCAGGAGGCCAUUGAACCAAACAACCUCUGGUAUUUGUUCACAGGUCUUGAAAAGGGCAGUCAGUACAGUUUUCAGGUAUCAGCCAUGACCACCAACGGAACAGGUCCAGCCAGCGACUGGUAUACCGCUGAGACACCCGAGAAUGAUCUAGAUGAGAGUCAGGUUCCGGACCAGCCCAGCUCGCUGCAUGUCAGACCACUUCCUAACAGCAUCAUCAUGUCUUGGACUCCUCCAAUCAGUCCCAACAUCCUAGUUCGGGGUUACAUAAUCGGCUAUGGAGUGGGAAGUCCAUAUGCAGACACGGUCCGUGUGGACAGCAAGCAGAGAUACUACUCCAUCGAAAACCUGGAGCCGAGCUCGCAUUAUGUGAUCUCCCUGAAGGCCUUCAACAACGCUGGAGAAGGGGUUCCGCUGUAUGAGAGUGCUGUCACUCGAUCUCUGACAGACCCCAUAGACCCAUCGGAGGAUGACCUUUUCCACCUCUUUGAUAAAUACCCCACUCCCAUGCCAGACACCAGCACACCCAUGAUACCCCCGGUGGGGGUACAAGCCGUGGCUCUCUCCUCGGACUCAGUCCGGGUCUCGUGGGCAGACAACUCCAUGACUAAGAACCAGAAGUCAUCCGAGGUCCGCUAUUACUCCGUCAAGUGGAAGACCAGCUAUUCCACCAGCGGCAAGUACAAGUCUGCAGACACCACCGCGCUCAGCCACACAGUAACUGGCCUCAAACCCAACACCAUGUAUGAAUUUGCUGUCAUGGUAACCAAAGGUCGGAAGUCUAGUACCUGGAGUAUGACAGCGCACGCCACCACCUAUGAAGCAGCUCCCAACUCGGCUCCCAAAGACUUGACAGUUAUUAGUAGAGAAGGACGACCCCGAGCCAUUUUAAUCAGCUGGCAACCACCGAUGGAGGCGAAUGGGCGGAUAACAGGUUACAUCCUGUACUAUACUUUGGACAAGAACAUGCCAAUAGACGACUGGGUGAUAGAGACCAUCAGUGGCGACCGGCUGACCCAUCAGGUUGUUGACCUGAACCUUGACACGAUGUAUUACUUCCGUAUCCAGGCUAAGAAUGCCAAAGGAGUAGGCCCGCUGUCCGAACAUGUCCACUUUAAGACAGCCAAAGUGGAGCAUCCAGACAAGAUGGCAAAUGAUCAAGGUCGAGGAGGAGACCACGCCUACUGGCCAUCUGAUAGCAACCUGAUUGACAGGAGCAAUAUAAACGAGUCUCCCGUUGGUCAAAUGCAUCCUCCGCACGGCAGCGCCACCCCCCAGAAGAACAGCAACCUGCUGGUCAUCAUCGUGGUUUCCGUGGGAGCCAUCACCGUGGUCGUGGUGGUCAUCUUGGCCCUCAUUUGUACCCGACGUUCCUCCGCCCAGCAGCGCAAGAAGAGAGCAAGCCACAGUGCUAAUAAGAGGAAGGGUAGCCAGAAGGAUCUGAGACCUCCGGACCUCUGGAUCCAUCAUGAGGAGAUGGAGAUGAAGAACAUUGAGAAAGCUCCAAGUGUGGCCCCUUCAGGACACACUUCACCCAUCCAUUCUUGCCAGGACCUCCCCCAGGUCGCCCACAGCCAAUCAGAGAGCCAGAUGGGAAGCAAGAGUAGCCACUCAGGAGCGGAUGGUGAUGAGGCGUCCAGCGUUAUUUCGACUUUGGAACGUUCUCUGGCUGCGAGGAGAGGAACGCGGGGCAAAAUGAUGAUUCCUAUGGAUUCCCAACCAAGCAACAUGCCUGUGGUCAGCGCCAUCCCAGUGCCAUCUCUAGAUUCCUCUCAGUAUCCUGGUAUACUUCCUUCCCCUUCCUGCACUUUUACCCACAACAAAUUCAGCUUAAGGCCGAUGCCUUUCUCCAGCCUGACGUUGGACAGAGGAUACACGCAAGUCAUACCCACAGAUGCUUCCACCAACCCUCUUCUUCAGCAACAGUCUCCGCCUCAACAGCCUCCUCCCCUGCUGCCUGGCUCUUCUGCCCCUCCUGGGGAGCAUGUUCCAGGCAUUGGCCCUGUUCCUGGGGCCGCUGCUGCCUCAACCGCCGUCACCUCAGAGGAAACACAGUCGGGUGCAAGUCGGAACAUACCGACUGCGUGUGUCCGGCCAACCCACCCAUUACGAAGCUUCACCAACCCCCUUUUACCACCACCAAUGGGGACCAUUGACCCCAAGGUGUACACCUCCAUGUUGCCACAGUCCACGGCAAGCCUUCCAAAGCCUCAGGUGAAGACAGCUUCUUUGGGUCAGGCGGGUAAGGCUCGAUCCCCUCUGCUACCCGUCUCAGUUCCGACAGCACCGGACUUACUAGAGGAAGGAGGAACAAAACCCACAGAGGAUUCAGCUGCCAACGUGUAUGAGCAGGACGACCUUUCGGAGCAGAUGGCUAGUUUAGAGGGGCUGAUGAAGCAGCUCAACGCCAUUACUGGCUCUGCCUUCUAAACCCUUUCUGAUAAGCCAUCAGUCCCCAGAGUACAAACAGUUCUUCAGGCCUCCAUGACUCCGGCAACAGCCGUAGCUUCUUAAGUGUGAAGAUGCCUUUGUGGGGCUCGGACCUCCAUCUGCGCUGGAUUGAAACACAUCAACAACUCCAGGAACAGUACGAGGCUUCAUAAGUGGGUUUAUUCUCCCCAGGACUUUUCUAACAGAAACAAAACUAGGGAAAUCCAAUGCCCACCACCAUGACUUAAGGAAAUGAGAGGAAAAAAAAGACCCAAUCGUAAGAACUUUCCUGUUUCUCUUCUUUGUAGUAUUUAUUAACGUUCUCUUCCGCUGAGUUCUACGCAACUCAAUUACUGUGACUGUGCCUCCUUGCCAUUGGGAGUAUUAUUUUCUUUUUUUAUUUAAAACAAACCGUUGACACAAUGUGAAUAUGGUUUGAAACUAGUACAUUUGGUGUGAAAUACACAUCCUCCUCCAGCGUUUCACCAAAACCUUCUGCUUCUCUGGCUUUUAGUUUGCCUGUUGAUGAAACUCAGGCCGACAGUCAUGGGCCGUUUGCCUACAGUCGCUCAUCUUGGGGUGGUUUCAAACCACUCCCAACUCAGACCAUAGAACACCAAACCAGACAAACUUGAUCAAGGAUGUGUGUUGUUGCCAAAAUCAUCUAAGGAACCUUCCUUGCCACAUUCCAAACCUGCAUUUCUUCAGUUCCUGGUCGAUUCUGGAUGUUAUGUGACGACUGGACCUACGGUUUUAUUCAAAAAAGACAUGAGCAAUGAUGGCGAAGUGUUUAUUUUUUUACUUUGUGUAUUUUCAGUAUAUAAUUGACUUACUAAGGUGGGUGUGUUCUUAAUGGAUUUAUAUUUAUUUUGAAUUAGACAAACCCACAUUGGACCGAUGCCGGUCUUGACUGCCCACAUGGCAACAGUUUACCUUGAGUACAAUUCAUUUUUUGAUGCAAAACAAUAAUACAACAUUAUGCAUAUUCCACAAAGUGUAUUCUUCCACUUGUUCUGUGCUUUUUCAACACAUUUUCAUCCUCACAGAAAACAAAGCUCAGCAUAAAAAGGGAUCAAAUAAAGAACUUUUGUUCUCUUGAAUUUUAAUGCAAGCAGUCUGCAUAAAGUGCUUAAUAUGUUAACAUGCACACAAUAUUGUUAUACUGAUCAUAAUAUGGUACACAUUUCAAAAAGUUCAUGUUUUCCAAAUGGCCAAUUCCCAAUCAAUCAAUCAAAGUUGAUUUAUAUAGCCCUUAAUCACCAGUGUCUCAAAGGGCUGCACAAGCCACAACAACAUCCUCGGCUCAGAUCCCACAUCAGGGCAAGAAAAAACUCAACCCAACGGGAUAAAAUGAGAAACCUUGAAACCAAGGUGAUUUUACGCUUAUUAAAAUGCAGAGUGCUACUCGUGGCAUACAGUAACUCUUAUGAAGACAUAAAUAGUGGCAUAUGAAGUGUUAUUGCAGAUGCUCACUGCUUGGAUGGCAAAUGAUAGUGGAGUUUGUUUAAAUUUGUGGCGUAAGAAAUAAAUAUGAUAUAUUUUCUAAACUACUUCAAUACCAGGUAAUACAUGUAAUGAUAAAUAUCUUGAAAUACUUCAAUAUUUCGGAGUGCAUUCAUCAACACUAAUAUUUUUAUAGCAUUCUGUGAACAACUUCAAGCAAUUAUUGAUAAAAAUGUAUCCUAUAGGAGUUAAUGCUGCCGAUUCCCAUAUCAAUCAUCCAUGAAUGAGAUCCGCCGAUACUUAAACGAGGGAUGCAACGAUAUCAAAAUCUCACGGUACAAUAUUAUCACGGUAAUAAGGCAGCGGUACAAUAUUAUUGUGGUAUAUGUCAAAAAAAAAAAUAAAGACUUGAAAAUAGCAUAGUUUGUAAAAUGAGGUGGCAGGAAUGUUUACGAUAAACACACUUACUGUAAUUGAACACAAACAUAAUGCUAAAAUGUUCUGAUCAUAUUCAUUACUACAAACAAGUAUUUUUAAGUGCAAAUAAUUGUGCAGAAUCAUCUACUGUCUCUCUUUCUGAGAAGCAGUGUCCUCUACAGUGGACAUGUUUUUAUAUUAGUUUUGAAAAGGCCGUUUCUCAGAAAAGUUCACUCACAUUUUAACUUUUAAUAAUGUAAAUACCUCACAAAUUGACGUUUAGCUUCGCUGGCUUCAUCUUUUUCGGGUGAUGGUAGCGUAUCAAGUAGUUUGGUGUGCAGAACUUGCUUUCCUGUCGGCUCGGCUCGCCUUGACUGAGUCUGUUUUGGCUUGGAACACGCGAGACGCUUUAUUACCUCCGCCACAAAGGUUAUGUUUUCGCCAGGGUUGGUUUGUCUGUUUGUUAGCAAUAUAACUUAAAAAGUUAUGGACUGAUUUUGAAAAAAAAACAAUUCCUCUAUCUACUACGGAGUGGAACACACUUCACUUCCUGCUUUUGCUCCACGCUCCCAUUAUUGAGAAGAUUUGGAAACUGUAAUACCGCUGUGUUUACAAAACUGUUACAUUCCUAACAUAUACAGAUCAUAUGUGUCUAUUAACCUCUUAAGGCCCAAGCUGUUUGUUUACAUGCUUUUUUUUAUUUCUCUUUGCUAUUUGAGCUUAUUGGACCCUAAUUAGAAUAAAAACUAAAAAUAAUAUUUUGAUAUGAUGUACUUAGUCCAUAAGUACACAAACGUGUACUUCAUGUUUAGUGACAUGCUAAUUUUUAUUUUUACACUUUUUUUUCCAAAUUCCAUUGUAUGUUAUACUCUUCUGACACCACCAGAUCGCAGUAUAAGUGUCCAUAUGUCUGCAUAAGACCCCAAUUCAGUAGUGUACACAAUUUUGGAAAUAAAAGCUAAAAGGUGUUGUCCACGCAUGUGGCCGCUAAGGCCUUUAGAGGUUAAAAAGAGUACUCGUGAUGGGCCAUACCCAAAUGGUCGUAUUGAUCUAACUCCAUGUAGUUUCAGGUGCAGUACUGGCAAUACCAAUAUUAAUAUCAAUACUUUACUUUAAUAUUUUCAAGAUCCCUGAUUGGUUUUACUUUUCACAUUUAUAUCACAAUUGUAAUCAUAAAUUUAAAAAAACACAGGGCAGUAGUGUCACAAUACCAACACAAUAUUUGAACUACUUCAUUAUUCUCUUUUAUUGCAUACAAUCGUUUGAACAAAACAAAGUAAAUAGUACACAAUAACUCAACAAAAGCAAAAACUAUACUUACUGUACUUUAGCGAUCAACAUGCCUUGUGCAAAAAAUUGUCCCCGGAUGAUAAUAAUAAUUUUAGUUUCUAUUUGCUGCAAUGGAGGUGAUGAUUAUUAACUUAGGCUUCACACUGUAUGAUUAUACACAGUUAGCUGCUCGCCACCUCUAUUAGCCCAGGGUCUAAAAGUAAAUCAAGUAUCAGUGAAAGGGGAAAUUUUGUGUGAUACAAAUUGAAAAGCAUCAAUCUGCAUUGACCAAUACUUAUUACAGAAAUCGGGCCGAUGCUAAUUGGUGACCGAUUGAUUGGAGCAUCCCUAAUACUAGCUCUGUUUUCCAUCAGCAUAUGAUGCAACCAAAUGUAACACAAAAACAAAUAUGUUGUCUUUUUAGCAAAGAAAACUCCACUACGUGUGUUGUAACGUCAUGAAGUUAUUACCGUAUUUUCCGGACUAUAGAGCACACUGGUAUACAGUAUAAGCCACACUCACUAGAUUUUAGAAGAAAAAAAUAUGUUUGUCAAACAAUAUUUUAAUUUUAUUUAGUUUAUUUAUUUAUUUAUUUAGUUUAUUGUAAGCUGCAGCUAUAUACAGUAUGGUAUGGAAUUAAUCAUUUACACAGAAAGAUUUUGUAAAUGUUUAUUUAGAUACCUUAAUUGUUUCCAAACGGUGUCUGAAACACGGCACUAAAACGGCUGAUCAAACAAAACCGUAGUCAUCGUCAUGGACCAACUAGCUGAGGAAGUUAGCUCUGCAUUCAGCAAAACAGACUCAAUAACGCCACAGUGACAUUUUGGUGAAUUUACUGAGACAUUUUUGAAAUUGAAACAAUACAAAAAGAAUGACACAGACGUGUGUAAACGUGUUGGCAUAUUAGCCGAUGCUAACGACGCUAGCUUCAUUACAUUACGAUAGCAUGUACAAAUAUGCAUGAAAACACAACUAUGAAACAUAUGAAGGUUUAGUGCCGGUAAGUAUGAAUUGUUUUAGUUAUAUUGUAAAACUUACAAACCUUGCCUGGAGUGAUGAAUAAAAAAAAACAUAUGAGUAAAAACGCUAUGGAUGACUAGUAGACGAACGGCUCUUGUACUUCCGGUUCAAAGCACUAAACAAAAGGAAAUACCGUAGUGAGUGUGUGAGCGCAGUGAGCAAACUCGUCCAAAAGAUGGCGCCAUAGCACAAACAAAAACACACCAUUCCAAUGUCUGUAUGGGUGUUUUAUGAACAUUAUUUGUUGAAUACAAAACAUUAUGAAAAAUACAUCAGUUUGCCGCACCGUUUUAAAAGCUGCAGGGUAAAAGCGUAGGAAAAAAAGUAGUGGAUUAUAGUUUGGAAAGUACGGUAGUAACAAUAUUGGUUGAAUGCUGAUGAACAUGAACACGGGAAUGUUGAAAUUGCAAACAUUACAAUAUCAAACUUAACUGCAAUAUUGUGUGCACGGAGACGUGGCGACUGUCUAGCAUUGUUGGGAUGCAGAUUAUAUUAUUUUUGUUUGAAGUGAGACAUUUUAAACAUGAAGUAAGCCAGAAAAUGAAAGAAUGAUGCUUUUGUUCACCUUUUCUUUUUAAUUGUGUGAAGGAACUGUAUCAUUAAUGGGUCAUUAGUAGAUACUUUCUUAGAAAGGAUGAGUUAAUGAAAAGCAGUAAGAGUGACCAUUUGUAGAAAUAUCAACAUUUAUGUAAUUUUUUCCAAACAGCAAACUAAUUUAAUUUUUGAUGGUAACAAGUGUUUGAAGGUGUGAUCAAGCAACUUUAGUAGGCUUCAGACAGGCUGAAAAAACGUCACUGAAAUGAACCCGAAAUAAACCUUAUGACACAUGUCAUGUAUAGGAAUUAUGUAGGAUCGGUUGUCAUGUGACGGUCAUGUGACUAUCCCAGGAUAUGAUUAUAGUGUUGUCAGGUUGACCGGCUCAUUUCCAAAAGCUUAUUUUUUACCUUUACAUUUAAUUUUAAAUUCAUGUAGUAGUUGUUUUGUUAAUAGGGUGUCAAAUAUUACAAUUCAACUGUUCUAACAAUAUUUGUUUAAUUAAUUCAUUGAAUACCAGCUAGAUUUUAGACUUAAAAUUGCUAUGCAGGGGACAUAUGAGUCACAAUAGCAAAAUGCCAAUAAGACAGACACUCAAUAAAAAUCACUGUUUCAAUUAUUUAUACGUCAAUAUGUUUUUUGUGUUCAAUUCAAAGAACAUUUAUGUUCUUUUCAAAUAUGUAACAUCACAUCGGUUAGUAGUACAUCAUUGUGUUCUUUGUAUAAUUGCCAACAUUUGCAUUUGAAAAUGAAGGAAAUGAACAGAAAAUUUGGGAAACACGCAGAAAAGAAUGUUCCAUUGGGUGAGGUGGAAGUUGAAGACCCAACUGAUUAUUGCAAUGCAACCAUGUUAUUUUGCUGGUGUGUCUUUACUUUGAAGGCCUGACUUCACCGCUUACAGGGGGGCUUUUUGGAGUUUUGCCAAACACACCGAUAGUUGUGCUGUUCCGGCAGUACCCGAGAGUAUUUUUUUCUCAUGAACUUUAAAAUGCAGAAACGAGAGUCUGCCGGGAAAGAAGGGAAAAAUAUGUGAGUAAGGGCACUACGUAGGUAUGUUUUCCUCAUCAUUUUACUUAUUUUACACGUCUCUGGCUUUCUCGUGGGUGAUUCAAGGAGAGGUGAAGACAACAAGCCAUCAAUAUGCUCCAUAUUUGACGCCUCAGUCGCCAUAUUGCAAUUUUCAGACCUUUAUCUCUGUGUGAUGAAAAGGAGGAUCCUGGGGGAGGCUGGGGCGACGAGUCGCAUUAAUAUUCAACGCCGGCUCGCAUGUGAGUCGGUCACAGAGGAAUGAGGUGGCGAAUUCAUUAUAAAGACAUCGCAAACAUUAGGAUUCAAGCUCAUGCUCGCUGGGCCGUUACAGCGGCAUGGAAAAGUCCUGAGGACAGAGGCGGUGGAAAGGUAACGUCUCUUCAGAAUGGAUGCUGGGAUGAUAGGUCAGAGAGGGCAGGUACAGGCAGUGUGGGGAUCAAACUCAUCAACCUUCUCUGGGAGAUGAAUCCACUUACAUCCUUCUCCUCCUCCUCCCCCCUCGGCUGGGAGAUCAGCUUAGUUUGAUUCCUCUGCAGGAAUGUUUUUAUUCCGGCAAUAACAAAAUGGCAUUGUUUAAAUACUAUUUGAUUGUAUCCUCAUUUGUGUUUCAAGAUGGAAAAUAAUCUGACAUAUGUGUUAUGUUGGUGUCCAAUACUUUGAAAAUCAACUUGCAGAAUGUUAGGUUUAAGGUAAGGGUUUGUAUUUGGGUCUAAGUAGAGAUAAGGUGAAGGGUUUAAGUCUAUUUAAGUUGGAAUUCACCAUUAGAAUUACAUGUUGCAAAAUCAUCAGAGGUCUCGGGUAUAAAGCGUUUGUAGCGGUUCUGCUUUGUGUUACAAUCGUCCUAUACUGCCACCGCUCUGAGCGUAGCUCGAACCCACGGCACCCAAAUUUAGCAGGAAAGUGUGCUAGCCACUAGAACAUAGGUGUCCAAAUUACGGCCCGCAUUUGUCCGCCGGCGUCUUCAAUUCGGCCUGCAAGACGGCACAAAUUCAAUAAACAAUUUGACGCGGAGCAAAGUGAAUCCAUACCAUAUAUAAAUAUCCAAUGGUACCAGCUAAAUGGUGGCAGAUGAAGGUAACUCUGCCAAUAAUUGAAAUUUCAAGUAAUUGAAGUACAGCAUUUACUUCUAUGACCCAAUCCAAACAACCUUCCCUAGUCACGGUGCAGGACAAAAAAAUGAACCAGUACAAAAUUGUAAGGAAUAUGGUCACACAUAACACAACCUGCUCAUUGAACUUGGUGGGUAUUUUAAAAAAACGUCCAAUCAACAUAACAAAAAAAUCAAAAUGACACCAUUUAAAUGAUGGAAAAAUGCAAUAACACUCUCCACACUUACCCUUGUUUGACGCAUUUUAGCUGCUUGAUUUAUCCAAUUGAUUAAAAAAUCUUAAGGACGUUGUCACGGAAAUAAACAAGGUAGGAGUUGACCUUUCUCAUACUCUUAAUAACCAAUUAUAAUAAUUAAUAAUUAUAUAUCAAUUAUAUUAUUAUAAUAUGUACUCAU